AUGGUGCAUGGCGCGAGCCGACCCACGACCACGACGCACAUCAACAACGCGUCCUCAUAUUCGGCUCAGCGCCGCUUGGCGCCAGCGGCCCACACCUACGCUCAGGAACGCGCCCCGCAGGUGGCGAAGUUCCACAUGUCGCGCGCGCCGAAAGAGGCUGACGUUACGCCGGGCCCGGUCCUUCCAUCAUGGGAGUGCCGCGACCUGCCGCGACUUUGGGACAAGGAAGGAAGAUGGGCCGAGGGCCCUCGCGCUCUGCAGAUGUCAUAG